AUGGGUUUGGUUCCUCUGUUUUUCAGUCUGACAUGGGUUUUGUUCCUCUUGUUUCAGUCUGAUCAUCGGGUUUGGUUCCUCAGUGUUACAUCUGAAUCAUCUGGUUUUGUUCCUCUGUGUUUCAGUCUGAUCAUGGUUUUGUUUCCUCUGUGUUUCAGUCUGAUCAAUGGGUUUUUAGGAUCCACUGUGUUUCAUCUGAUCAUGGGUUUUGGUUCCUCUGUGUUUCAGUCUGAUCAUGGGUUUUGGUUUCCUCUGUGUUUCAGUCUGUCCAAGGGUUUGGUUCCUCUGUGGUUUCAUCUGAUCAUGGUUUGGUUCCUCUGUGUUUCAGUCUGA